AGGUACGCUAUUCAAAUCUGCUCUCUUUCUUUCUCUAUCGUUGUUGAGUUCCCUCCAAUUUUCUGAGAUGGCAUCAUCUGCUUCCACUUCAAGGCACUCUGUUCCCCAAUCUCGCAAGCAAAAGGCCCUCGGUCUCCUAUGCACUAAUUUCCUGAGCUUGUAUAAUAGACACGACGUCCAAUUCAUCGGCCUCGACGAUGCCGCCGCCCGAUUAGGUGUUGAGAGAAGACGGAUCUAUGAUAUCGUCAAUAUUCUCGAGAGCAUCGGGGUGCUUGCAAGAAAGGCCAAAAAUCAAUAUACAUGGAAAGGCUUUGGAGCAAUUCCUGGAGCUUUUCAUGAACUCAAGGAAGAGGGAUUACGGGAGAAUACAUAUGCUUUUGAAGGCGGAAAUGACAACCUAAAAGGGUCUGAUGACGAGGAUGAUGAAGAAGCAUUUUCUAAUCCUGGGACCGGGAGUCAAAAUGAAAAGUCCAAUUCCAAUUCAAAUUCAAACUCUACAACACUUUCAAAAUCUCUCAAAAAUGAUAAUCGAAGGGAAAAAUCUCUGGCGCUGCUUACUCAGAAUUUUGUAAAGCUAUUUGUUUGCUCUAAUAUAGAAAUGAUCUCCCUUGACGAGGCUGCGAAUUUGUUGCUUGGAGAUGGCCACAGUUCAUCAUUAAUGAGAACAAAAGUAAGACGCCUAUAUGAUAUUGCAAAUGUGUUGUCCUCCAUGAACCUUAUCGAGAAGACCCAUACCACAGAUACAAGAAAACCAGCAUUCAGGUGGCUGGGUUUGAGAGGGAAGGCACCUAACGAGUCCAUUCAAAAUUGUUCAAAUCCAAACGAGUCUAGGAAAAGAGCGUUUGGAAGUGAUGUCACAAACAUCAGUUUUGAGAGGAACAUAGUGGAACUAGGGGACUUUGCCUCUAAGAAGCUGAAAAAACUGGACAAUGGUAGUGACAUAGGUCAAGCAAAUAGUUUUCAACAAGCUUCAAAGGGUUUUCAGUUUGGUCCUUUUGCACCCUCUUAUGUGCCCAAAGUUGAAAUACCCGAGAAUAAUAGUGUGAAGAAGGUUCAUGAUUGGGACAGUCUAGCAAUUAAACAUCGUCCACAAUACCAAAACCAAGCUUUAAGAGAACUAUUCUCCCAUUACAUGGAAGCAUGGAAAUCGUGGUAUUCAGAAGUUGUUGGGAAGAAUCCAAUGCAGAUUUAAUAACCCUAUUAGUAAUUAUGACCAAGUCAAACUGUGUAUAGCCGUCCAUUGUUGGUUGCAUGUUCUCCAUGCAACCGAAGUUACCAGUUACGGAUUUUUCAAUCGUGAUGUUUUAGUUAGGCGGUUUUUUUUUUUAGAUUCUUGGUCACAUUCACAGUUUUUUAACUCUAGAGGGAAAAGCUAUGUGCUCUGAUUUCUUCGUUAAUUUAUGAAGAAAAAAAAAAUGU